AUGAGCGUCGGGCAGAACGAGCUCGACGACGAGCACCCACUCGUCCUCGAACUCUCCAGUCUCAGACAAACAGCAGCUCGAUUUCAGCAUGAAGCACACCAAGCUGCUCUCAAACUCCAGCGUCACACUCUAGCAACAGCCCAAACAAACGAUCGCUUACAUUUCCUCGAAUCACAACGUUCCUUGCUCUUAUCUGAGCUAGCUACCCUCCGUGCUCACACCUUACCCAACUCUCAAUCAGAGACACACGUCGUCCAAGAACUCACUCUCGCCCUAAGACGCUCUUCCGAGAAACUCGAUCUCACAGAACAUGCACUAGCAGAAAAGAUAGCUGAACUCGUGAACACCCGCACCGAAGCUCAAAAAGCCCGAUACAACGCAGAAGGCGCGUAUAAACUCGCAGCAAGUGUUCGUGCACGCGAAGAGGAAGGUAAACUCCGCGAACGUAGCUUGGAAACGCGUCUCCAAGCUGCAGAAGAAGAACGCAGGCUCAUAGAGCUCGUGGUACACGAGUACGCUGAUCUCGUACGCAGUUUGGAUGGCAGGAAGAGCUCGCUUGGUAAUGGGGGCGCAGUACUGCAAAACGCAUCUGCGUCUGCGUCUUCUCUCACCCUCGUCGAAGGGCUCCAUGAGGGCAAAUCAAACUUGCAUCGCCUUACGACCGAAUUUGCUUUCGAGACCGAGAAACGCGAAACGAGCAUCACCCAGCUACGCAAUGAAAUCACAAAUUUGGAGAACAUCCUCGAUGCUGAGCGUAAACCAGCCGCUCAUGACCGUGCUCACCUCGCAAAAGCGCAGUCAGAAUUAGAAGCACUAAAACUAGACGAUACCACAGCAGCCAAGAUGGUCUCCCGAUACAUGAAAUUCUCGCAGUCUCAAACUAAUGCCCUUCAAUCCACACUCACGACUCUCCAAAUACGACAUGCAUCUAGCCAACACACUCUCCAAUCAACGAUCAACGACGCUGAAGCACAAAUGCAUGCUCACAUAGCCGAGAAUGCACGUCUUCGUGACGCCUUAGAAGAGCUCGGCGAAGAAGUCACCAGGGAAGCAUAUGGACGGCGAAGGGAAGUCGCACUACGUCUUGCCCUUCUCGCACGCGAAGAAGCGCUCAGUGAAGCCCUACGCCGAUGGGUUCGAAGAGCCCAAGAAGGUAUGCACCGUUGCGCAGACGCAGAUAGUCAAAUGUAUGCAGCUUUUGAGCGGGCAGUGAAAGAUGCGGAAAGUCUUUUGGUGACGCUGGAUGCGGAAGUGGCUGGGAGUUUGGUUACUGGUGUGUUUGGGAGGUUGGUUCUUGCUAAGGACGCUGUGAUGAGAAUGACUGAAGAAGUUGGGAUGGAGGUCGAGAGAAGAGUAGCUGCUGAGCGGAAGAUUUCCUUGGGCAUGGGGUCUCUUGACGAGAUUGCCCACGAACAGACUAUUUCAGUCGAAGGAACUCGCAUUGAUAUUACAGAACAAGCACCCUAUGCACAGGACAUAAGCACCGAUAUCCCGCCUACCCAGGAUCUAUCAUUCGCUUGCCCACAAACACCUACACCUCUUCCAAAUCUCCCGGCGGAGGACAGCAGGGGUACGUCCUCACCCGUCAUAGGCGACAUCACAUCUGGUACUUCGCAGCUGCUUCUUGAUUUACCCACCGAAUCGAGUCAGUCGCCUGCUAUCUCGAUCCUCAAUCUGACGCAGACCCCCGCUACGAAAGAGGUGUAUACUUCACCGCAGUCUGCCGAGCUGCCCGCGCCUUUGGUGCCCGCGAAUGAGCUGCCUAUGGAGCCUGUUGACAUGGAUAGAAUUCUGGAUACUCAAGAAGUCAAAUUGCACGUUCAAACACCUGACACCAAAGGUACACCUUUGCCCGAUUCCGGUGUCUUCUUUACUUCAGCUGCUACAAGUCAAGCAGUCGCUCCCGCUAAUGAACCCAACAACUUAACCACCAACAUCAUUCCCUCAUCACAACCCCCCUCCAUCCCAGACGAAAUCUCAUCCUUAUUGGCCUCCCUCAGCGAAGUCAGCCACCGCUACGACACCCUCCAACACGCAUUCCGCGAUUGCUCUCUCGCGCUCAAAGACCUUAAACGCUUGCUCCCCCCCAUCGCCAUCGCCUCUCCGCCGACACUGACACUGACACCUUCUCACUCUCCCCAAUCCUUCCUUCGCACCGCCCUAGAGCGCAUAUCCGACUAUACCGAAGACGCCCGUGUCGAGCUCGAAAUCCGCAUCACAGACGAAGCACUCGCCAUUCGCGGUUUUGAGACCCUCCUCACCAUCCCAGGCGCGCUCUCCCUUUCAUCGGAUUCGAAUAUGGACCUUGAAGAAAUGCGGGCUUUUGUUGAUGGACGUGAUGAGGGUGUGAGGAGGGCUAGGGAUAGGCUUGAGGAAAAAUUGGUGGAUGUACAGCAUGAUGUAGCGGUUGUUAAGCGGGCUGUGCAUGACUUUCAGGUUCAGCUUGACGAGGAGAGCGAACCAGAGGAAGACAAAAGCUGGUCUGCAUGGACAUCAAGCCUCCUCCCUCGUUCAUCCACGCCUACACCAAGCCAAGCGCCUACAUUUGGUUCUAUGAUGACUUCUCCGCGAUUGCGGCGUUCCUCCUCGGUGAAGCAACUAUUUUCGCUUGCAGAGCUAGAGUUGAGAAUUCCUAUGCCAUUGCCUGCGUUGAUACCUCAAGCUCAACCUGCGUAUGGAGCCCUUGGACUUGGGAUGGGAUCUGGAGCUGCACCGGGGUUAGGACGUCAACGAACGAUGUCAAUGAUGUAUUCGUUGGGGAUCGGGUCUAGGGCUUCGGUUUCGACUUCGGCGUUGGGGUCAGUGUCGUCAUUGGGGAUACCUGGGAUGUCGCCUGUGAAGAAUGGGGGAGGCAGGAGUAGGUUUGUCACGACCCCGCUCACUGGUGAGACCCGCCGCGAUCGUGAUGAAAGUGAUGUCGAGUGA